AGCCCAUCAUGGCGGCGCUGUCUGGGUCUCCCUCGGCUGCUCUCCCCUCCUUGGCGGCGGGGACCCCGAAUCCCGCCCCGGCCUUGCCACUGGGCCCGCCGGGCUACCGACCCUUCGAGCCCGAGGCGGUGGGGCUGAGCCCCGGAUGGAGGCUCACCGGCUACGGGGAGCUGCGGGGCUGAGGCUGCAAAGUCCCCCAGGAGACGCUGCUCAGGCUCCUGGAGGGACUCAGCGGCCCUCGGCCAGGCUUGGCGGAGGCGGGGGAGCCGGUGGCGGCCACGGGAACGACUCCCACCCUCGGCAUUGGGAUGGACUCCUGUGUGAUCCCUUUGAGACAUGGGGGCCUGUCCCUUAUACAGACUACAGACUUCUUUUAUCCACUGGUGGAGGAUCCCUACAUGAUGGGUCGAAUUGCCUGUGCCAAUGUUCUAAGUGACCUCUAUGCAAUGGGCAUCACAGAGUGUGACAACAUGCUUAUGCUGCUGAGUGUGAGCCAGAAAAUGAGUGAGGAGGAGCGAGAUAAAAUCAUGCCACUGAUAAUCAAGGGCUUCAGGGAUGCAGCAGAAGAAGGUGGCACUUCAGUAACUGGUGGGCAGACAGUCUUGAAUCCUUGGAUUAUUGUUGGAGGGGUUGCAACAGUUGUUUGCCAGCCCAAUGAAUUCAUCAUGCCAGACAGUGCAGUUCCAGGAGAUGUCCUCGUAUUAACUAAACCAUUAGGGACUCAAGUGGCUGUGAAUGCUCAUCAGUGGCUAGAUAAUCCAGAGCGAUGGAAUAAGAUUAAGCUGGUGGUUUCCAGAGAAGAUGUUGAACUGGCUUACCAAGAAGCCAUGUUUAGUAUGGCUAUGCUGAACAGAACAGCUGCCAGUCUGAUGCACACUUUCAAUGCCCAUGCUGCCACAGAUAUUACAGGAUUUGGGAUUCUGGGCCAUGCACAAAACAUGGCCAAACAGCAACGCAGUGAGGUGUCAUUUGUCAUCCAUAAUUUGCCCAUAAUUGCCAAGAUGGCUGCCAUCAGCAAAGCAUGUGGCAACCGGUCUAAGCUCCUGCAAGGAACAUCUCCGGAGACAUCUGGGGGGCUGCUGAUCUGUUUACCAAGGGAGCAGGCUGCCCGUUUCUGUGCUGAAAUUAAGUCCCCCAAAUAUGGAGAAGGACAUCAAGCCUGGAUCAUUGGCAUUGUGGAAAAGGGCAACCAGACAGCGCGUAUCAUCGAGAAGCCUCGGAUUAUUGAAGUGACACCACGCGGAGCAAGUGUUUCCCCUCAAGACAACAAUUCUAGUGCCAGCCCUGAAGCCGCUUCAUGAAGUGGAAAAAUGACUUUAUUCUGUCCAUUGUAGGUUCUGGUCUUCAAAAGGGGAUCAACCAGAGAUUCUGGAUCUGGGUACUCCUGCCUUUUAUAGCACAAUGUCCUCCACAAUGUGGUCUCUCUGUUGAUUGGUGACUGUUUGUAAUUUUGAAGAUAUUUUCUGCAAAAUCGCUGGCAGUUUGAUUUGAAGAUGGUAACUUGAAUUAUUUAUUGGAAUAGUUCUGCCUGUUCUUAAGCUCACUCAGCUUUUGGUCAGACUGAGCAGCUGGUCCAAAAGGAGGGUGAGUGAGUUAAAAAGCCAUUUGGUUGGGCCAGAGGUCUCUCCUCUUUUCAUGAAGCGCCUCCCUUUAAAACCCACAGUUGUGGGUGUGGAGGAGCAGAGGAACCCUUAGAGGAGCAGUGCCAAACUCAGCUUCAUGGGUUGUUCCUUGCAUUGUAAAUUAUUUGUGAUUGAGUUAAUAAAAAAACCUGAUUUCUACAUCUAA